AUGGUGAAUGUUAUAAAAGGCGUGCUCGUUAAAUGCGACCCAGCCAUGAAACAAUUCCUAACCUACUUGUCUGAAAACCUCAUUAUUGGCUCUCGUUUCGUCUUGUCAGAUCUUGACGACUCCCACAUCUUCAUUGAUCCAGUAGUUCUACCUCGCCUGCAGGCCAAAGUUGACGACCUUAUGGAAAAGCUUUCUUUCCCCCUUGUUACCGAAGAUGAGUAA